AUGCACGGGGGAAAAAGAGGUUUGGUGGCACCUCAGAACACUUUUUUGGAGAACAUUGUCCGGCGCUCAAGUGAAACAAGUUUCCUGUUGGGGAAUGCCCAGAUAGUGGAAUGGCCAGUAGUAUACAGUAAUGACGGGUUUUGUAAGCUGUCGGGGUACCACAGGGCAGAGGUCAUGCAAAGGAGCAGCACAUGCAGUUUCAUGUAUGGGGACCUGACAGACAAGAACACAAUAGAUGAAGUCAGGCAGACCUUUGAUAACUAUGAAUCACAUUGCUUUGAAGUGCUGCUCUAUAAGAAGAACAGGACACCCAUAUGGCUCUACAUGCAGGUGGCUCCCAUCAGGAACGAGAAUGACAAGGUGGUUCUGUUCCUGUGUACCUUCAAAGACAUAACUGUCUUCAAGCAGCCUAUUGAGGACGAAUCCACCAAGGGAUGGAACAAGUUUGCCCGGCUGACCCGAGCACUGACCAGCAACAGCCGCAGCAACAUGCAGCAGCUGACGCCCAUGAACCAAGUCAACGAGGUCAGCCACAAGCACUCCAGACUGGCUGAGGCUCUCCAGCUGGGCUCGGACAUUCUCCCCCAGUACAAGCAGGAGGCGCCCAAGACGCCGCCCCACAUCAUCCUCCAUUACUGCACCUUUAAGACCACCUGGGACUGGGUCAUCCUCAUCCUCACCUUCUACACAGCCAUCAUGGUGCCCUACAAUGUCUCUUUCAAGACCAAGCAGAACAAUUUGGCCUGGCUCGUGCUGGACAGCGUGGUAGAUGUCAUCUUCCUUGUGGACAUUGUGCUCAACUUCCACACCACCUUCGUUGGGCCUGGUGGAGAGGUCAUUUCGGACCCGAAGCUGAUUCGAAUGAAUUACCUGAAGACCUGGUUCGUCAUUGACCUGCUGUCCUGCCUGCCCUACGACAUCAUCAAUGCCUUUGAAAACGUAAAUGAGGGCCUCAGCAGCCUCUUCAGCUCACUGAAGGUGGUCCGACUUCUCCGCUUGGGCCGCGUGGCCCGGAAGCUUGACCAUUACCUGGAGUAUGGGGCGGCGGUCUUGGUUCUACUGGUGUGUGUCUUCGGCCUGGUGGCCCACUGGCUGGCCUGCAUCUGGUACAGCAUUGGGGACUACGAGGUCAUUGACGAAGCCACCAACACAAUCAAGACAGACAGCUGGCUCUACCAGUUGGCUACGAGCAUUGGCUCACCCUACCGCUACAACGCCAGCGGCUCUGGCCAGUGGGAGGGCGGCCCAAGCAAGGACACACUCUACAUCUCCUCUCUCUACUUCACCAUGACCAGUCUCACCACCAUCGGCUUUGGCAACAUCGCUCCCACAACAGACGGCGAGAAGAUCUUCUCUGUGGCGAUGAUGAUGGUGGGCUCCCUACUGUAUGCCACCAUUUUUGGGAACGUCACCACCAUCUUCCAGCAGAUGUACACCAACACCAACCGCUACCACGAGAUGCUCAACAAUGUGCGUGACUUUCUCAAACUUUACCAGGUGCCAAAGGGACUGAGCGAGAGGGUCAUGGACUACAUUGUCUCUACUUGGGCCAUGUCCAAGGGCAUUGACACAGAUAGGGUCCUGUCAAUCUGUCCCAAAGAUAUGCGAGCAGACAUCUGUGUCCACCUUAAUAGACAGGUGUUCAAUGAGCACCCAGCAUUUCGACUGGCCAGUGAUGGCUGCUUGCGCUCUCUAGCGGUUGAGUUCCAAACCACACACUGCGCCCCAGGGGACCUCAUAUUCCACGCUGGAGAAAGUGUGGACACCCUUUGCUUUGUAGUAUCCGGGUCAUUGGAAGUUAUUCAGGAUGACGAGGUCAUCGCCAUUCUAGGUAAGGGAGAUGUGUUUGGGGAUGUCUUCUGGAAGGAAGCCAAUCUGGCACAUGCUUGUGCCAAUGUGCGGGCUCUCACCUACUGCGACUUGCACGUAAUUCGGAGAGAUGCUCUGCUGAAGGUGUUGGAGUUCUACGCAGCUUUUGCCAACACAUUCUCCAGGAACCUAAUUCUCACCUGCAAUUUGCGCAAACGGAUAAUCUUCCGAAAGAUCGCCGAUGUGAAGAAGGAGGAGGAAGAGCGCCGGCAGCAGAAGAAUGAAGUAAUGCUCUCCAUUCCUGUUGACCACCCGGUUCGCAAGCUCUUCCAGAAGUUCAAGCAGCAGAAAGAGAUUCGCAUGCCAAUCCAAGCUCAGCCUGACCUGGAGCGCAACCGGCUUCAGGUUGAGCACCACCACCCCCUUAUCAGUGGAGGGCCUACCAGCGGUGGCUCCAGUGUAGUUACUGUCUCCCAGAUCACCCCGUUGCAGAGUUCACUGGCCUAUGUCCACACUGGGGAGCCCAUUCACACUGGUUGUCACGAGGUCAAGGAGCUGAAGCCCAGUGUGGUGGACCAGAACUGCCUGAGGGUCACCAGUCUGGUACGGCCCAGGGGUGGAGGUGGUGGUCAAGGCUGGAUGAGGUUUAAGAAUGCUACAGUGGCGGUGCCACUGGCCCUCGAUGAACCUGACGGGCCACAGCAAAAAGAAGAGGAGGAAUGGGGUGAUGUGUCCCAAUCCUCAGAACAGUUGACUGAUGACAGAAAGAGCCAGGAGGCAGAAGGUGGGGAGAGCAGCAGCGGGGGUGGCGUCAGCAGCACAGGAGAGGGGGGCGACGAGAAGAGCGCACUCCACAAGACAGACUCCUGCGACAGUGGCAUUACCAAGAGUGAUCUUCGGAUCGACAGGGCAGGGGACGCACCAAGCCCCUAUGAGCGGAGUCCAAUGGGGAGAAGUCCUUUUGAACACAGCCUCGGGGUUGGGAGUGUGGGUGUGCUUGGCCACCCCUUCCAACCCAUGUCUGAACAGGUGCUGCUCCAGUCCACUCUCCAGGAGGCCAAGCUGGAGCUGAAGGGAGAUAUCCAGAUGCUGAGUGGCCGUUUAUCAACACUUGAAGCCCAAGUUAGUGAGAUCCUCAGAUUGCUGUCAGAGAAGAGGAGGCUUUCACUGCCGCAGACCUCUACCCCCAAGGCUAAGAUCAAAUGCCAGGACAUCUUCACCGUGUCAAGACCUGUCACACCGGACAUUGAGAGAGAUAAUGGACCUUUUUGA